AGCUUUGACUCAGUUAAGUACAAUCAACGAAAGAGGGCACACGUCUUAGGAUUGCAAUAAGUAGUUCGGCAAAGAGAAUAAAUGGAAAAAAUUUGGAAUGAACUAAAAUAUUUCCUUAAAACACUGUUGUGCUUUUUGGCGGCAUGUCUCCUUGUACCCGUACUGUUCAUUUUGUUUAUAUGUGUCCACUAUUGUAAUGCUUUGGUCCAUUACAUUCUCUCCAUAAAAUAUCCGGAAUUGGAAAUAUCUAGAACGAAGAAGAUCCGAUCGUUCAUCGAUACACAACGCAAUGCUGGAAUUUUCAGUUUUCUUCUACAGAUAAGAGGCCCAUGCGAUUUUGAGGCCAUUAAAAAACACUAUGAGGACCAUUUGACUGAAGUUCGAGAAAAAGCUGGAUAUUUAAAAUUCCCAAAGCUCCGACAGAAACUGAUGAAAUGCUGGGGCCACUAUGGCUGGGUAAUUGACAACAGUUCGUUUAACAUAAACAACCACAUUUUGUUGAAUAAGUCAACAUACCGGGGAAGUCCUGUACACGAUGGCAAUAUUCAAGAGUUUGUCAGCACUCUAGUUGAAAAGUAUAUACCAUCAAAUCUACCACAAUGGCAAGUGAUUGUCAUACCAACAGCGGUAACCAAAUCUUCGCUGAAUACCGAAAGCAGUGACACUGAGGUAGAUGGGCAGCAGGAUGAACAUUUCUUCAUACUUCUGAAAAUACAUCAUCUGAUCAUAGCGGAGGAAGAGGAUCUGCAUAUAAGUGAAAUGCUAAUGCUUCGAGAUAACACGGAAAUGCCCAUCAUUGAAAUAGGCGGCGAGAGCAGAAAUCAGGCUAAAAGUAAACGUCUAUCACAUUUCAUUCGUAAGCCUGAACACAUUGAGAGACUACUCAAAUACCUGUUAAGGGUGAUCAUUAAUCAAUGGAAUAAGUUCAUAUAUGAAUUUGAAUCUCUGGACGGACCAGACGGAACCACUGGCGUUCAAAUCACAUCUAUCACCCAACUAUUUUCCGUUCUUUUGAUUUUAACGGUUAAUGUGGCCUUAGCAUAUUGGAAAUGCCAAACGGUGAAUAAGAGGAAGCCCUAUCGCCUUCAAAGGUAUCAGUUCGAAACAGAAAGCAAAUUCCAAGUUAUACGUAGACUCCUUUACAAAGAAGCUGAAGAUAGACAUUUGUCAUGGAAUGCGUGUAAAAUCGCUGUUCAAAACUCAAUGCACCCUGCGAAUCUCGCAAAAACUUGGGCUACUUUGCUAUGGAAAAUAAACGUCAACAGUGUUCUGGCACUUCCCUAUCGUUGCUAUUGUGAACUGUUGGCCCUCAAAGAAUUGAUUGUCAAGGGCCAAACCACAAUGGUGUCCACAUAUUUUGGACAACUUUCGGUGUUCAUGCCUUUGCUGAUAUAUGCCAACAUGGAAUUUCUUAGGGUUUGUUAUGAAAUAUUCAAAGCUCCGGUCAAUAUUUUCGAGGAACUGGUUCAAUAUCCCUCCAAAGAGAUGAAUAAACUCCAAAAAAUGUCUUAUUCUGGACGAAAAAUUGUUUCAUUUUCCAAGUCAAUCGAUGCCCAGGAGCUGCGAAAGCGCAUCGACUUUAACGAUGAAAUGCGCGAGUCGGAGUUUGUACUUUCCUGUUUGUCGGGUGCCAUCUACGAUUACUUCCAAGCUCAUUCAAAAGACGUUCCGGUACCGAAAAUGCUCAAUACCACUUGUCGAACAAUUGCUAAGGGAUAUUUCACCGACAAGUUUGAUGAUAAAUCGGCCUACAUUGGUGGGGUGGUUUUUCUUCAGCUCCCCCUUAAUGUACCAAAUCGAGAACAUAUACUGCAAAUUCAUUCAAUCGUAAACGAGAUUCGCCGCAAGCAAAUUAUGAUAUUUUUAGCUUCUAUGGGUCAAACAAAAUUUGAUAUGUUGACUUCAAUUUUUCCUCGAGUUUUUACCAAGGUCUGCAUCAAUUAUUUUUCUUCGAAUUUUCCCAUCACCAUAACCGAAAUUCACGGUGAAAGUACCAACUUUGAAACCACUUGGGGCCAAACAGUGCAGGAUGUUUUAUUUUUCAGACCACCUCAGUCCAAAACAUGUCUCUCGCUGAACAUACAUCACUUUGGUGAUAAAUACCGUUUGGCCGUCAUGGCCGACACACAGCUUGGCCCAGAUCAUAUGAAAAUCGUGAAAUCAUUUGAGAACUACAUGGAAGGCAUUUAUGCCUAAACAGUCAUUCGUCAAUAAAUUUGAUUUAUGUAAAAAUAAACUGUGAUUAUCUUUGAUUAA